CGCACGCUACCUUUGCGCCACACCACCGUGAUGCUAGAAUCUUGUGCGAAUUCUGCCUUAAAGUCAACCAUGAUUGUGGGAUGAGCUGGUCAAACUCGGAGAAAUAUCGGAGAUUUCUUCGGGGCCCAAUCAAAUCGAGUCAUCGCUUUGCCAACUAGAGACAUGACCUCACCAGCUCUCUAGCUCACCCAGCGUUAAGCUCCCCACUGGUUUCAGGCAUACCAUAUGAGCAGCUCUACACUUCCAGAACAAUCCAGCUUUGCCCUUUGUAUCCCUUGUUCGAGAGCCUGAAAUAUGGCUGCCUGCGUAGCGCAAAGGGACAGCACAGCUUCAUGAGUCUCAACCAUGUCUGUCGAAAUCUGGCCACCUAUAGCUCCAGAGCAGCUUAAUAUCGCGAAGGAGACGGCGCUUAAGCGAGAGGUCGACUGGCUGCUCGAGGAGCUCCACGAGACACUGAAGUACCUCAAGCAUGGACUUGAGGACUGUUACGCCUUGCUGGCACCGGUAGACCCUGGGAGCACACUGGUGCUCAGCACACCCCGGAAUGAGGUUGUGAAGGGGACAGUUACCCGAGUAGGAACGAGGAUCGUCAAAGGGACCAUCCACCUCCGAUUACGCACCCUCCCAGCGCAAACCCUCACCCUCAAUCCCGACCAUCCGAUCCAUCUCGCCCCCUUGAUGGGCCUCCAUUCCCUCUUAACAGACUCCCUCAACCUCCUCAGCCUGACCCUCUCGUACUGCUACUCAUCCGCCCCGACGACCCCCUCAGGACCACCGGCCGCCGCCCCGUCGGAACCGCCCAUCUCCUCCCCACAAUUUAUAUCCGCCCAGCUACGCCUCCUCUCCCAGCACCUAAGCGAGGCCUCUUCCCUCCUCAAGGGCCCGCCCCUGACGACGGCCGACCCGUCCUGGACGACCCGCAGCGCGGCGCCCUCGCACUUCCGCCCCCCGCUCGCCAGCCCGGCCAACGCGCCCCCGCCGCUGUCCUUCCACCUCGCCAUCCAGGACGGCUGCCUCGUCCUCUGGCUGCGCCGCCUCGAGCCCGCCGCCGCACCCGUCAACCUCGGCACCAAGCUCGCCCUCGCCAUCGGCACCACCCGCCGCCUCGAGCAUGACGAGUCCGAGCGCAUCUUCGGCUACUGCUGCACCGAGGCCGACGAGGGGGCCGGUGCCGGCAGCGGGCUUCAGAGGACGGGGACGGGGAUGGGGUCCGGGGCGGCUGCGGCUAGGCUGAACAAGCCGGCCGUGACGGAGCCCGGCGCUGUCUCGGGGGACCGGAGGGAGGUGGAGGUCUUUGUGAGGGAGAAGGUCAGGGUCGAGAGCGCGGAUCCCAGCCUGCUGUCGCUGACGGCGAAGUUGACAGCGUUGGCACAUAUCCUGGAUCGGGCGCGGAGGAAUCUGGCAAUCGUCAUGGGCGAGGAGCUAGAGGACUAGAUGUCCUUUUAUUGCUUGUUAAUACCCUUUGGGAUCUUUACCCGUGGCAGCGUUAGUGAUCUGGACUAGCUGUUUUCCGUUGGGUGUGUUGGGUAUGAUAAUGUCAUACAAGAGGGUUGAUGGUUUAACCGACUUUCGGACACUAUCACGGAGCUGACUCGCCAUUGAUG